AUGGAACUGAGCCUAGAACUUCCUAUCGUGAGUGCAAUACAAUUAUUCAGUAUUGAAGCGGAAUUCCACUCCGCUCCCGGUUUCGUGCUUGGCGCGGCCGGACACAAGUUGAUCGAAAACAAUGUGGCCGUAGCAGAGCCUUCAUUCAAUCCAAUUCUGGGCAUUGAAUGGGAGGACUCGAAAUAUUUUGAUGACUUUGUAAAGAGCGAACAGUUUCCAACCUUUAUUGCAAAGAUAAAGCCACACAUUACUGCACCGCCGAGGCCAGAAGUAUACGAGACUGAUCUCUCACCAAAAGAUAUCUUCGCGUCCCCAAUAAUCGAAGUCUUUAGAAUCAACAUUCAUGAAGACUCUGAGAAAGGAAAUGCAGCCAAAACAGCAUGGGAAGCAUUUGCAAAGGCGUUGAAGGAUACACACAUUCUGAGUGGUGUCAGUGUAAACUUGCCAGAGAGAUUGUUCUUGGGAUUGAUUGCAACGAAAAUGGCCUUGGACAAUGUAGAACAUCUCAAACAGGCUGUCGAUAGUUUGAAAGAUUCUCAAUCGUUUGUUGCUGAGCUCAAUACCGUUGUCUAG